AUGCAGAUUGCCGAUGUUACGCCUGAGCUUCUGGAGCGCCUCAUCCAACAGUUCGAAGCCCUGCGGAAAACGAAUAACACGCCUCAGGAUCAUCCUCCUGAGGACACGCUUGUGACGCAAAGUCUCCGACCCGAGCAUCAUGGAGUCUCUGGAGACGCACCACGGACUAUUCACCGACGUCGUGGCCCUGUCGAGGAUACGAGAGCACUUGCUGGCGCGGGGGUCCGCGCGCAGGAUCAGCCUGCUCUACCGGGCGGAGGUGGCGCAGACUCGACAGCCGCCGGAUCGCGAGAAAUCUGCACCACAUGCUUGAAGGAGAUACUCGAUGACAACCUGGACAUCGUCCAAUGGCACGGCGGCGCGUCGAGACACAGCCACCUCGAGCCGGACUUCGUGCGCGAGUGGGAGAAUGGGUUGCAGAGCAUCAGCACCAAGUCAGUUCAGAAGCGGCUUCGUCACCGCCACAGGAAGAAUCGAAGGUACAUCCGCACUCGAGAUGACAACGUCGUCGAGAAGGAUGUGACUCCAGAUAAGGACGAGCGCCCCAAGAGAAGGCGCCUGAAGAGGAAGAUUGCUAAGCACUUGUACGUGACGGAUUUCAGCAACCUGGUGGCGCGCAACGCGGAUGUGGGCAACACCACGACGGAGUCUCAACAACGCGCGUUGUUCUUGGCAGGAGCUCGAGAGAUAGCGAAGGACUGGGAGAAGCGCUCGCGCUCGUUCGUUCGUUAUUCGACGAAGAUGACGAUCCGCGCACUUCAGGACGACUUCCUCAGUGAGCUCCUGAAUGUAUGGAUAGCCUUCAACUACGCAAGGCUAGAGGCGGAUGCAGGCCAUAUCGAGGCCAUUUGGGUACCAACAGACGAAACCCCUGCUAACGGGCUCACCAAGCCCCUGGAGCAAGCAAAAUUUGAGAAGUUCGUGAAGAUGCUGGGAUUGGAGUCCUUGACUUACAAGGCACCGAUCGAUACGACGAAACUAGCUGCCCUCGCCUGA